UCCUAUAAUAGUACACCAGUAGAAUCUAUAAACUACUUACCGUUCUACGUAAACUAUAGGUUUAAACCAGAUCUACAUCAGCCACCUAUUAAAGGAGAAAAUACUAGUAAAGCUAUUAUUAUAGCUGAUAAACUUAAAGAACUAUAUUAA